GUAUUGUUAGAACAUGGGAAAAGAUGAAGGGAUCCCGGUCCGUGUUGUUUUGAGGUGCCGUCCUUUGGUCCAGAAAGAAGUGAAUGAAAUUAUUUUCUCAUUUGCACAUGUUGAUGUUUCUGUUCCGCAGGUCGUUGUUGGCAACGAUAAAGCUUUUACAUACGAUUAUGUAUUUGACCCGGCAACUGAGCAGGAAGAGGUGUACAAUUCCGCAGUAGCACCACUUAUUCAAGGUUUGUUUAAAGGUUACAAUGCAACAGUCCUGGCCUAUGGACAAACAGGUUCUGGCAAAACCUACUCCAUGGGAGGCACUUACACGCAAGACCAAGAGAACGAGAUGACCGUGGGGGUCAUCCCUAGAGUAGUUAAGGCUUUGUUUAGGGAAAUCGAGCAGCGGGAUGACUGGGAAUUUCUGCUAAGGGUGUCCUAUCUGGAGAUAUACAAUGAGGAAAUUCUCGAUCUUCUCUUUACUCCUCGAGAUAAAACAUGUCCGAUAAGCAUCCGUGAAGAUCCCAAGGAAGGCAUCAAGAUCUGCGGCUUAACCGAGCGUGAUGUGAAGACGGCCCUGGAUAUGGUGUCUUGUCUGGAGCAAGGGAAUAGUUCUCGUACUGUUGCUUCUACUGCUAUGAACUCCCAAUCCUCCCGAUCGCACGCCAUCUUCACCAUUUGUAUAGAGCAGAGGAAAAAAGAAGACAAGAACAACAGUUUCCGUUCCAAAUUGCACCUUGUCGAUCUGGCUGGGUCUGAAAGACAGAAGAAAACAAAGGCAGAGGGAGAUCGUUUGAAGGAAGGUAUCAGCAUUAACCGUGGCUUGUUAUGUUUGGGAAAUGUCAUCAGCGCUUUGGGGGAUGAAUCAAAGAAAGGAGGAUUUGUGCCAUACAGAGAUUCGAAGUUAACUCGUCUUUUACAAGAUUCCCUUGGGGGUAACAGUCAUACUCUGAUGAUCGCAUGCGUCAGUCCUGCUGAUUCGAACAUGGAGGAGACUCUAAACACCUUGCGCUAUGCAGACCGAGCCAGAAAGAUCAAGAAUAAGCCCAUUGUCAACACCGAUCCACAAGCUGCAGAACUUCAACGUAUGAAGCAACAGGUUCAGGAUCUGCAGGUUUUAUUGCUGCAAGCCCACGGAGGGACAUUACCUGUUAUGACAAAUAUGGAGCCAUCUGAAAAUCUUCAGUCUCUACUGAUAAAAACGAAAAACUUGGAACAGGAAAAUGGCAAGUUGAGUCGGGAGCUGAGCGAGGCGGCUGAACAGACGGCGCAGUUUCUGGAGAAGAUAAUCUUGACUGAACAUGAAAAUGAAAAACUCACCAGUAAAAUAGAUGAGCUUCGGCAACAUGCAGCAUGCAAAGUGGAUCUGCAGAAGUUGGUGGAAACCCUGGAAGACCAGGAGCAGAAGGAUAAUGUGGAGGUGAUCCGCAACUUACAGCAUCUUAUCAGCCAUCUCCAGGAUGAAAGCUCAGGAAUUGCAGCAUCGAUCGAGGCUAGGCAAAAGGUGGCCCAACGAAGUACUGAUGGGGCCGAUUCGGACGGUGGAGAGAAACGCAGUUCUGAUGGGUAUUCCACUCACCAUGCCCUCAGACAGGCUCAGCUCUCCAAGGAACUGAUAGAGCUAAACAAGGUAUUGCUGAUAAAGGAAGCCUUGGCCAGGAAGAUGGCACAGAAUGACAGCCACAUGGAGCCCAUCCAGAAUGAAUACCAGAAUAAUAUCAAGAACUUGGAAAGUGAAGUCGGGGCAUUGCAGAAAGAGAAGGAAGAACUGAUUCUGGCUCUUCACUCUGCCAAGAAAGACACCAACCAAGCCAAGCUUAGUGAGAGACGGCGAAAGAGAUUGCAAGAGUUGGAGGGUCAGAUGGGCGACCUGAGGAAAAAGCUGAAUGAGCAAUCAAAGCUUCUGAAAAUCAGAGAAUCUUCUGAGAAAACAGUCGGCAAACUUAACCAGGAGAUCCAGGGCAUGAAAAUGCAGCGGGUUCAGCUUAUGAAGCAGAUGAAAGAGGAUGCGGAGAAGUUUCGCUCUUUCAAGCAGGAAAAAACUAAGGAAGUUAUUCAACUUAAAGAGCGAGAUCGUAAGCGUCAGUAUGAGCUGCUGAAGUUGGAGAGAGACUUCCAGAAGCAAGCCAGUGUGCUGCGGAGGAAAUCCGAAGAGGCAGCGACUGCUAAUAAACGUUUGAAGGAAGCCCUACUGAAACAGAGAGAAGCCAUGGACCGACGCAAGGAUGCCCAGAAUAAAGGCAUGGAGGGAGCAGCCACGAGGGUCAAGAACUGGCUAGCCAGCGAGGUGGAGGUUCUUGCGAGCACAGAGGAAGCACAGGGACAUUUGAAUGAUCUCCUUGAAGACCGAAAGAUUCUGGCUCAAGAUAUAGUCCAGCUGAAGCAGAAGAGAGAAGCGGGAGAACGCAUACCUCCAAAGAUACGGAGACGAACCUACACUGUGACAGAACUCGAGAACAUGGAGGAAGACCAGGCGAUCACCAGACAGAUCGAGAGCUUAGAGACUGAGAUGGAGCUCAGGAGUGCUCAAAUAGCCGACCUGCAGCAAAAGUUGUUGGAUGCCGCCAGUGAGGAAGAACGGGGGAAACAGAGAUGGGAAACCAUCCGGAAUAUCAUGGAGGCCAAAUGUGCUGUCAAAUAUUUAAUGGGAGAGCUGGUCUCUACCAAAGUUCAGAACAGUAAAAUUGAAAGUAACCUGAAGCAGAGCCGGGCCCAAUUCGCCGAUCUCCAGAAAACAAUCUUUGAGGAAAGAAAGCAGAUGGCGGAAAUGGAGACGGAGCAUCAAAGUCAGCUAAUGGAGAUGGAGCAGCAGCAUCAGGAAAAGAUUCUUUACCUGCUGAGUCAGCUGCAGCAGAAACAAUCAGUCAGUCCUUUGGAUCAGGAGCCGACCGAAGACCAAGCCACAGAAAGGGAGAAGCAAUUGAUGGAGAGACUCAAGUUCCAGGAUGAAGAAAUUGAGAAGAUGAGGGAGCUGUGUGAAAAGAACAAUCAACUCAUUCAAGAAAAUGACUUGUAUAAACAGAAACUGGCACUUCUUCAGGUUGCAAGUGGAAAGAAGAUGUACAGUCCCCUAAAAGAGAAAUUCCUGACGAACUCCCCGGACUCUCCCUUUGAUUUCGUUCCUCCCAAGCCCAAAAAUCUGCGCCGCACCACAGCCAGAGCACCCACGUUGAUGCUGGAGGACUUGUUAUCUGAAUCGGACGAGUCUGGAAACGAAGAUGAAACGCGCGACAAAAACUGGGUACCGGGUCAGAAUGUUAAACCGUCGAGGAAACAGACGAGUGGGUGCUCAUGUAAAGCUCGCUGCUCCACUAAAAUGUGCCGCUGCAGGAAGAAUAAGCAGAACUGUUCGGAAGACUGCAGCUGUGACACUUCCAAGUGUCGCAAUAUAGACCACUUCUCGGAUGACACUAAUAGUGAGGAUCCCUCCCAGGAGUCUGAGAACUCAGAUAGAAUGGACUCAAUUGCAGAUCCCACUACUGGAAGUUCAUUCUUCUCCGAACCUUGUGUGAUACCGACUAAAAAGGUGCUCCGUGAAAUAAGCGACAUCGGCCAGAUGUUCUCCAUGAAGCUGCAGCGCAAACCGUCCAUGGCUUCGGGAAAUCCGCCGUCCGAGGAGCCUCAGGACAAGCAGACGUCGUUCCUGAAGAAGAAGAAGAAAGUUUUGUGUAACAGCAACGUCAGCUUCUUCUCUGGCUGCUCACCGAUCAUAGAAGACGAAUAG